AUAUGAUCGAUAUUGCCACAAACGUUCAUGAAUAACUUUUAUUCUAAACGCACAGCAUAGAUGUAAAUAUUAAAUUUCCAGUCUGUAAAGUGUUGAAUAUUUUAAAUGUGGUUGCGUCAAAUUACCGUAAGAGCCGGAUGUGAUGUGGCUGCCAGACAGCAAGCCAAAGAUAAACACGUAUACUGAAGAACAGGGGCGACAAUUCUAAAUAUCACAGUAAGGCAGCUUCAAAGUCUCCAAAUGAAGUGACUAACGGGGAUAUAGACGUCUUAAAACCUGAGGAAAUACUUCUUUAACAGCCUUCCGUAUCGCUUUGGUGACGCCCUCCCGCUUCUCUGUCAGAAGCCACGCUGGAGUCCAACAUGGUGCGGGCAGCAUUGGUGACCGUCACCAGCCUGGCGUUGACCGCCGGUGUGGUGGCUCACGCCUACCUCCUCAAACACCAGUUUUACCCUACAGUAGUCUACCUCACCAAGAGUAGCCCCAGCAUGGCGGUGCUGUACAUUCAAGCCUUUGUAUUGGUGUUUCUUCUGGGAAAGUUCAUGAGGAAGGUGUUUUUUGGACAGCUGAGGGCUGCAGAAAUGGAGCAUGUCAUUGAGCGUUCUUGGUACGCAGUGACUGAGACGUGUCUGGCUUUUACCGUAUUCAGGGAUGAUUUUUCCCCUCGUUUUGUUGCCCUCUUCACACUUCUGCUCUUCCUUAAGUGCUUCCACUGGUUGGCCGAGGACCGGGUGGACUUCAUGGAAAGGAGUCCAAACAUAUCUUGGGUUUUCCACUUCAGAGUGUUAUCUCUGAUAGGGCUGCUGGGAGUCUUGGAUUUUCUCUUUGUUAACCACGCCUGUCAAAGCAUCAUCACCCGUGGAGCCUCAGUCCAGCUAGUUUUUGGCUUUGAGUACGCCAUCUUGUUGACCAUGGUGUUGACAACGUUUAUUAAGUACGGCCUGCACACUGCUGACCUGCAGAGUGAAAAUCCCUGGGACAACAAAGCUGUGUAUAUGCUCUAUACGGAGCUCUUUACAGGUUUCAUCAAAGUGCUCCUGUACAUUGCUUUUUUGACAAUUAUGAUAAAAGUGCACACCUUCCCCCUUUUUGCCAUACGGCCCAUGUAUCUGGCUAUGAGACAGUUUAAGAAAGCUGUAACAGACGCCAUCAUGUCUCGGAGAGCCAUCCGUAACAUGAACACCCUCUACCCUGAUGCUACUCCCGAAGACCUCCAGUCCUCUGACAAUGUUUGCAUCAUUUGUCGGGAGGAAAUGGUCACAGGAGCCAAGAAGCUACCGUGUAAUCACAUUUUCCACUCCAGCUGCUUGCGUUCCUGGUUCCAGAGACAGCAGACCUGUCCAACCUGUCGCAUGGACGUUCUGCGGGCCUCUAUUAAUAACCAGAACGCUGCCCCUGCCCAGGCUCCACCCCCUGCUCCGGUACCUAAUGCUGCUGCCGCUGCCCCACCAGCUAAUGUUGCUCCCGGCAUGUUGCCUGGCUUCCCUCCUGGCCUCUUCCCCUUCUGGGGUCCGUUCCCUCCAGUGCCUCCACCCGCAGCUCAUGGCGCUGCAGACGCUCCACAGAGCAGCGGCGUGACGACACAGGCUGCUGGUACCAGCCAGUCCACAUCAUCUGGUGCGGACGCAGCUUCAACAGCUGCUGCUCCUCCGGGCUCCGCAAUGCCGGGAUUCCCCUUCUCCAUUCCUCCACCCUUCCCCAGUGCACCGUGGCUGCCCAUGCCGCCACCGCCGCCUCCUUUUAUGUCAUCAAUGCCUCCUCCUCCUCCAUCUUUAACGCGCCUGUCGGAGGAGGAGCUGAGAGAGCUGGAGGCGGAAGGUCGACGGGGUCUGGAGGCCAGAAUGCAGUGUCUGCAAAACAUCCACACCCUGCUGGACGCCGCCAUGCUAAACAUCCACCAUUACCUGAGCACUGUCGCCACUCUCACUCCUCCCAGGGCAGACAGCAGCGCCGCUGGUACCAGCGCAGACCCAGCGAGCCAAGACGAGAGCUCCAACCCCAGCUUGAGCGCAGCCGCAGUCCAGACGGACGACUCGGAAGCCGGCGUCGCCACCUCCGAUGGAGACAAACCAGGUAAAACUGACGAAAGAUCAGAGGAUGAAGAUGGCGAACCCAACGCUGCUGAGCUGAGGCGCCGGCGUCUUCGGAAACUGGAAACGGCGUCGCCUGCAGACGAUUGAUGGAGUAGAUGGAGGAAAAUGCAAUGACAGGAAGGAACUUUGAACACGGAUGACUCGAUGCUUUCUUCGCCCCUUUUUUUCAAGCCUCUCACCUUCCACAGGAUCCACUUAGAGAUCACGUCAAGUCAAACAGGAUCUUUUUCGCUAAUGUCUGACUUAGUUUGUUUUCUUUGGCCACACAAACGAAUCCUGCAGAUGUUCGAGAAGGAUUAGCAUAAAACUGUUUCAUUCAGGUCAUCAUUUAUUUUUUAUCCGCUAGCUUGACUAAGACGCUGCACUCCUCUUCUCACAUCAACACAAAUUUCAUUUUUCAUCCUGCUUUUUUCAACAUUGCAAGUGCUGCAACAUACACAUUUUUUUCUGUGUACAUACUGUAUAGAGACUUUUAAUAGGCUGAUCUGUACAUAAAAAGAAUAAACCGUGUGAAUGA